UCUAACCAUUGUACAAGUGCAGCUCAUCUAGAACUUCAGAAUAACCAUGAGAAGUUUAUCAUCAUUCUUCAUUCUGUGUUUCGUCUCAUUCGUCAAUGGAAAGCCCUAUGCGCCGUAUGCUUGGUCACAAAACCGUACUUUUAGGUUGAGUAACUCGGGACCGUGUCGAGUUUUUUGCCCAAUUCAAUUCUUAGUCAAAGUGACAAAUGAACCGAUGAAUAUAACAUAUGAAUAUCGGUUUAGAUUCGACCAAUUCCCUCAACAUGAUAAAACUAUUGUCUCAACUUCAUAUCGCGGUGCACAUGAAGUGAAAUUUUCAUCCACUUGUGAACCAAUAGAGGGCAACUAUACAGUACAUGUUGAUGUAUGGGAAGUUCAUCUCGGUGUUCCAACUCAUUCGAUAGGGACUGCUCGCGAUACCUUCGUUCUUUAUGACUGUCACUAUAUUGAAAUGCAUGACAAUGGCCCUGUUACCUUCGAUAUCCCAAUCACUUUCACAGUUGAAAAUACCUUUAAAACAGAUGUCCCAUUAUAUGAAUAUCGGUUCAAAUUUGAACAAUUCCCUCAACAUGAUAAAACCCUCGUCUCAAAUGAAAGUGUAAUUGAAUAUUCAGUGAUAUUUGAUUCAUCUUCAACAUCGAAACCUGGUAACUAUACAGUGCAAAUUGAAGGUUGGUUUCUUGGUGUUCCUUCUUAUUCCAUAGGAACUUAUCUUCGCACUUUCGAGCUUUCAGAUUCACUCAUUGGAUUUAUAAAAAAAGAUCAAAAAGUUAGAUCUAUUGGGCUUGAAAUUACUGCAGAAAAUGUCUUUUCCACUGAAAAGCCGGUUAAACUGAUUGCUGAAAUUCGUGAUCCUACUGGGUAUUUCAUGGGUCGAUGUGGAAUCCCGUCAGCCAAUGUAACUUAUAAAUGGAUUAUUAAUGAUGAAAUUCAAGAGGAAAGCUCUAAGGUUAUUGAACGCACUUUUCCCCAGCCUCAACUGAACAACAUUUCAGUGAUUGUUACAGCAACUAAAACCAAUGUAAGUCGUCUUAUACAAAAAUCUGGUUCAUUCAGCACUACAUUGAAAAGCCAAGAUCCAAUUACUAACUUUACUGUUGAUGGUCCCACCGAGGUUAAAGUGUUUGAAAGACUUCAACUGGACUGCAAAAUUCAAGGCAGAACACCUCCAUUUCAUUAUGACUAUACUUUUGUAAUGGGCGAACCUAGCACCUAUGACAACGUUGCUCGAGAGACAAAUGAAACCUCUUUCUCAAUUGUUCGUCAUUUCAGCGAAAAGGGAAUAAGAAAAUUAAACAUUUAUGUUGGAAAUGAUGUUAAUUUUUUUAUAAAAACCUUGACGAUUUCAGUCUAUUAA